CCACGUGCUCAGACGCAGGGACCCGCCCGCCCGCCGGGCAGAGCGCCGGCAGAGCACCGGCCCUGGGGCGCCACUCGCGGCCGGGCGGCGGCAGGCAUGGCCUCGGCGGCGGUAGCAGCGGCGGCUCGUGGAGCCGGUGCAAGGGCAGUGACGGCCCUGCGGGAUGGCUGCCGGACUGCGACCCGGGGGCGGUCGCGCGCGGGCCCCGCACGGCCAUUGUGCACAGCACCUGGGACCGCCCCGGACAUGAAGCGCUACCUAUGGGAGCGCUACCGGGAGGCGAAGAGGAGCACGGAAGAACUGGUUCCUUCAAUUAUGAGCAACUUGUUAAAUCCAGAUGCCAUCUUCUCAAACAAUGAGAUGAGCCUGUCAGACAUUGAAAUCUAUGGCUUUGAUUAUGACUACACCUUGGUGUUUUAUUCAAAACACCUUCACACAUUGAUAUUUAAUGCUGCUCGGGACCUUCUCAUCAACGAACACCGGUAUCCCGUGGAAAUCAGGAAGUAUGAGUAUGACCCAGACUUUGCAAUUCGUGGACUGCAUUAUGACGUGCAGCGGGCUGUCUUGAUGAAGAUUGAUGCUUUUCAUUAUAUCCAGUUGGGAACCGUCUACAGAGGCCUCAGCGUGGUCCCCGAUGAGGAGGUCAUUGAAAUGUACGAGGGCUCCCACGUGCCUUUGGAACAGAUGAGCGACUUUUAUGGGAAGAGUUCUGGAAACACCAUGAAGCAGUUCAUGGACAUCUUCUCCCUGCCUGAGAUGACCCUGCUGUCCUGUGUGAACGAGCACUUCCUGAAGAACAACAUCGACUACGAGCCUGUGCACCUGUACAAAGAUGUCAAGGAUUCAAUUCGGGACGUGCACACCAAAGGGAUCAUGUACAGAGCAAUUGAAGCAGAUAUUGAAAAGUACAUCUGCUAUGCUGAGCAGACCCGCGCGGUGUUGGCCAAGCUGGCUGAUCAUGGCAAGAAGAUGUUUCUUAUCACCAACAGCCCCAGUAGCUUUGUGGACAAAGGGAUGAGGUAUAUUGUUGGAAAAGACUGGAGGGACCUGUUUGACGUGGUCAUCGUUCAGGCUGAGAAGCCAAACUUCUUUAAUGAUAAGCGGAGACCUUUCCGAAAGGUGAAUGAGAAAGGUGUCUUACUCUGGGAUAAAAUCUACAAGCUGCAGAAAGGCCAGAUUUACAAGCAGGGCAAUUUGUAUGAAUUUUUGAAGCUUACUGGAUGGAGGGGCUCCAAAGUGUUGUAUUUUGGUGACCAUAUAUAUAGUGACCUGGCGGACUUGACCCUGAAGCAUGGCUGGCGAACGGGCGCAAUUAUCCCAGAAUUAAGAUCCGAGCUCAAAAUCAUGAACACGGAGCAGUACAUUCAAACUAUGACCUGGCUACAGACCCUGACCGGGCUAUUGGAGCAGAUGCAGGUUCACAGAGAUGCGGAGUCACAGCUGGUUUUGCAGGAGUGGAAGAAGGAGAGGAAGGAGAUGAGGGAAAUGACCAAAGGUUUCUUCAAUGCCCAGUUCGGGAGCUUGUUCCGCACAGACCAGAACCCCACGUACUUCCUGCGGCGCCUGUCGCGCUUCGCCGACAUCUACAUGGCGUCCCUGAGCUGCCUGCUGAACUACGACGUCAGCCACACCUUCUACCCCCGGCGGACCCCGCUGCAGCACGAGCUGCCCGCCUGGUCCGACCGGCCCCCGGCCGCCCGGCUGCCGCUGCUGCAGGAGGCCCAGGCCAAGUAACUGGCGGCCCCCCCACCCCUGGGCACCGAAAGCCAGCACCGGUGAUGGCCCCACGCUGGGCAGGCUCUGCGGGGAUGUGAGCAUCGCUUUUGGAAAUGAUACAGAUAGUCUUAGUGACACCUGUUUUGUACAUUACGGAGGACACCCCCCAGCUCAUGCAGAAGGGAGCUCAUAGCUCGCAGAGCCCGCCCUCUUGUGCACGUGGGGAGGGGACAGCGGCUGGCCUCCUGUCGACACCCUGUGAUCAGCCUUCUUGUUUCCCAAGGUACUGUAUCCAGCAUCAGACUUCCUGGGAUGGGGAGUCUUCCUGAUGCCUGCUCUGUAUUCCAGCAGGUGACGUUUUGAAACUCGUAACUCUUCCGUGGAAAGUGCGUGGAAAAUGCUGAACACGCACAGAGAGUGUCGGACUGGUGACGUGGGUCCACGAUGAGCUGCUAGUGCUUCAGUGGGCGCUUGGAUAGCGACCACGGUGUCGGCGGCAGGGAUGGACCCCAGCCGGCCGCUGGUUCCCAGGCAUCUGGUACGAGGGCUCUGGCACACUGGUGCCUCAGUUGACAGCAGACUCAGCCUCCCUGGAGGUCUUAUGUGAGAAAGAACAGGAGAAGCUGCCAGUCCUCGGCCUUGAUUGUCCUCAGUAUCCCUUUCCUGUGUCUUGCCCCACGCAGAGGAAGGACCAUGGUGCCCCAAGUGGUGGGCAGGUUCACUCUUUUCCCUCCGAAAAGGAGGACAAGGAGAGAGAAGCUUCUGGUUUGAUGUCCUGCCAGCAGAACAGACUGUAGAAUGAGGCUGCUACAUGUGAACGCACGGGAGGAACCAGUGCGUUUGUGGUGGGUAUCCCAGGGCUUUAUACCCCCUGACGCCACCACACACGUGUGUUGCUUGAACCUGCUCAUCGGAGGAUGGAAAGUGAAAUGAAUAAAAUGUCCUCAUAAUUUAGUGCUGUAUGGUGACCCCCCCGCUCCCCCCGCCCCCAGGUGUUUUGCAAUCUUGUUAAACUGUGUGUUUCCAGAAACCAUCCUCGUUGGAGGGCAGUGAGCAGAUGCUUUCUCUCCUGAUUCAUCAGCCGAGGAGAGGGGCGUGAAUCCAGCCGGAGCAAGGGAGGUGGCCCUCUCUGCUCAGCCGUGUCCCGCCUGCUGCCUUUAGACUGCUUUCCUGCCAUGCUUACGUGUCUGCUUUGGGGAUUUCUUUAGUGUCUGCGUUUAAGGUGGGAGAGGAUCAAGGACAUUGAGGCUGAGAGAAACAGUUGGAAAUAGCCUCACUGAAUGAGUGUUCCCAUUUCUUUCUGAGGACAAGGCAAGUGACACCUAUCCUUAAGCCUGAAAGAUGCAGGUGGCGGAGGAAAGGGGCUUGAGGAGAGACUGCUCGCUUAUUUGGCAUUUUUAAUGGAUUUGUGUGGAGCCAGCUGUUGAGGAGAUGUGAGCUUGGCCUGCCACAGGCCACCUGCACGCGUGCAGAAAUUAGGUGACUUCUACUGCAUGUUGUAUAACGCUGCGUGUUUUAAUGGGACUGUUGUUGUUUAGUCAACUCUUGGCGACCCCAUGAACUGUAGCCCACCAGGCUCCUCCGUCCAUGUGAUUUCCCAACCAAGAAUACUGGAGUGGGUUGUGAUUUCCUUCUCCAGGGGAUCUUCCUGACCCGGCGGUCGAACGCACAUCUCCUGCAUUGGCAGGUGGAUUCUUUACAGACUGAGCCACCCUGUGUACCUGUGAUCUUGUCUUGUAUUUAACUAAAAUAGUGAAGGUGACUGUCUAGACCUAAUAGGCCCAGUUGGCCUUCUUUUUUCCCUUUGUUACAAACACAGGUGUCCAUCCCUUUUUCAGGCUGCAGGAGGCACUUGCUGGCUGUUUGUUACUGCCUGGGGGUUUUAAGCGUCAGAGUGCACUGGAGACUGGCAUUUCGGGGGUGCAGGUGGCGCCCACAACUGCUCAGUGUUGGGGUCCUCAGAGGACAUGCUGGUGCUCUGGGCUGAUAGUUUCUGCUUUGGAGAAGCUGGUGAGGAAGUAGGUAUUUUAAAACUUUUUCUAAUCAGGUAUUCAUUGGAUAUCUCCUCCGUGCCAGUGAUAGGGUGUUUUGUUUACUCAAGAAAGCUGUUACCCAAAAACAUCUCAGUACAGCUGUUUUUACUGCUUUCGUGUAUGUCUGGGUUAGGAGUCCCAAGCCUGGGGCGAGAAAUACAUUUUCUAGGUGUGUGAAUAAGGAAUUUUAAUGACUUAUCACCAAUUAAGGUUGAGCAAGCUCCAGAAGAUGGUGAAGAAUAGGGAAGCCUGGUGCAGUCCAUGGGGUCGCAAAGAGUCAGACAUGACUGAGUGACUGAACGACGGUGGCCAUGGCACAUGGCGGUGUUGAGGUCUGUCUGGGGCCAGCGCAUAGUCAGGGUCAGGGCGGCCAUCUCCAUGUGCAGGACGGAGGGCUUCGCUUUGUCUGUGCCUGGUCGUUUUAACUUGUCACUGUUGUGACUCAGCUGGGAUUCAGCACCCUGUACAGCUUUCUGUUCCUCCUGGUUUAUCCCCUGGCAAGUCCGCUGAUGAAUUCAUUUGGGUGCAAGGGAAGGGAGUCUAUUUUCUACCACUUAAAAGAUCAGUUUGGAAAGUGAUCAGAAUGAGCUCACUUGAAAAUUAGCUUGCACACUGAAAAAUAUUUUCCCUUUUUAGCAUCAGUUAGACUGAUUUUCUCUGAAGGAUAUGAAGAAAAAUACAUAGUCCAGGGGCUGUCUGUGUCCCUAAGGCUCACCAUAGCUAUAGCCGGUUGCCCUGGAAGGGACCUGCACAACUGGUUUUUCCAGAAUCAUUUUUUUUAAGUAGAUGAAACCUGGCUUUUAAUAUAUUUUAGGAGUUUGGCUUAAAGCUCCCACUUUCCUCCUAACAUAGCCUUAAAAAAAUUUUUUUUUUCUUUUAAAAAUUCCCUUCAGCUCCACUAAUGCCAGCUAACACAAACCACCUGUUACUGAUUAAGGCCCAUCUAUGACUAAAUUCCUAGUUGCUUUGAAUGCAUUGGUCCUCUUAAUUAGUGCCAAAGAGAAAUACAAAGUCCUUUUUCCUGCUAGCUAAUUUAGCUUUGGGUGAACUAAAUAGCUUCCCCCACCCCUUUCCCUCCCCAGAGGCCUCUAAAGCAGCAGAGAGUGCGCUAAACACUGGAAUUGGAUCCACUCUGCCAAAUGCUCAUCUGUUGCCAAAAACCCACUUGGGGGCCCUGGUCUGCACUGUGCUCUCCCACUUAGUCUGGCCAGAGGCAGGGAGGGUUCCUUGAUUGCUCUAUUCGACUCCCAGGGAGCCUGUGAUGUGCUGGCUUAGCACUGGUUUCCUUUUGUACCAGUUUCCUUUCUUUCUCUGUUAGCAUCUGGGAGCGAGGCUCCAAGUCUAGCUUAAGUGAAAAGUGAAGUCGCUCAGUCGUGUCCGACUCUCUAUGACCCCAUGGACUGUAGCCCACCAGGCUCCUCUGUCCAUGGAAUUUUCCAGGCAAGAGUACUGGAGUGUCUGACUCUUUGUGACCCCCAUGGACUGUAGCCCACCAGGCUCCUCUCUCCAUGGAAUUUUCCAGGCAAGAAUACUGCAGUGCGUUGCCAUUUCCUUCUCCAGGGGAUCUUCCCGACCCAGGGAUCGAACCGGGGUCCUCCCGCACUGCAGGCAGAUGCUUCACCAUCUGAGCCACCAGGGAAGCCCCCAAGUUUAGCUUAGCUUAGUUUAGCUUACCUUUAAUACCCUAGUGGAUUGAGGAAGAAAAAGGGAGUGAAGUUUCCCUAAUGCAAGGCUCAGCACACUUUCCCUUUCGAGGACCAGACAGUAAAGACUUUCAGCUUUGCGGGUCGUUUCCUGCAGCCCCUCCUAUAGGACUGGGCCUGCCUGUGGUCCAGGGCAGCCUGGCCUCUGAAAACAGGCUGCAGGCUGGAUUUGGCCCUCGGGCUGUGGUUUGCCGACCCCUGCAUCGACAGAUUGUGUGGGUGGCCAUGAUGAGAUGAUGACUUUGCUGAAAGUGUGCAGGGUGGUAAGCAACCACAGAUACACAGUUGUGUGCAGCCAGUGGAAAGAAGUUCGGUAGGUAAGCUUGCAUCUUCCCCUACGAGCUUCUUUCUGGACAUAUUCACUUAUGUGGCCAGUGGUAAAAUACUGUGUUUCCAGCACAUGGCAUGACUGUCAGUUGUGUGACCGAGUGGCCAGGCUCGGCACUCGUUGAAUAUACCUCUCAUUGUGCUCAUCUGUGGUUGUGCUCGUAGCGUGUGAUGGGCCUGGCUACCCUGAAGACCCCGAAGGACUUUAUCCCCCAUCUGCUGUGGGGGUUGGUUGCUGCUGGGUCACCGUAGCUGCUGGCUCAGUCUGCAGCUGUGGGUCCUCUUUGGGAGCUUCCCCCGUUGAAGAGUCUUGCUUCGGAUGAGGGUGUGGUCAGAUUCCCUCCCUGGAGCAACUCUGAAGGCCCAUCGGCUCCUUCCUGCCCCCCUCCCUUUCCCAGGUGCAUCCCAAGGACAGUUCCCUGUAAACUUCCCGCAUGAGACUCCCCACCUCAUGCCUGCUCUCUGGAACCGACCCACAACACUGCUCUGUACUUUUCUACACUGCAGCCUUGAACUCUGACUUAGGACACUGUUUUCUAAUUAUUUAGUAGAAGGACCGAUGGUGCCUGUUUAAUUUCAGGCAGGGUAAAUGCAAAUUAGGUAGACUUGCUGUUUAUCCUGAAUGUGAAUUUGCUAUUUAUUCUAAAUAUUGAUUUUAUGUUACAUGACGUCGAACUUACUGCCAAAUAAAAGUUUGAAUUGUA